AUGCAGGACGUAGCCAAGGAGGGAGGAGAUGGGGAACUCCAGACCCACUUCCAAUUGGCUGAGACCGUUCAUGUGCAGGCCACUGUCCCCCCAACUGACACCGUUUGCCUUUGGCUGGCCGCUGAUGUAGUUGUGGAGUAUACUAUACAGGAGGCGGAGGACGUCCUCAACAAAAGUCUCAAAUUUGCAAAUAAGUACCUGGAGGAGGCGGAGGCCGACAUGGAAUGGCUUAGGACCCAAAUAACCAUGACCGAGGUCAACAUCGCCCGUGUGCACAACUACGCAGUACUCAAACUGCAGCAGCGGCAAGCAGCUGGAGCCGGCAAGCGUUUACACACCUAA